AUGUAUAUUGUAGGUAAAACGACGAUCUUGUACAAGCUGAAGCUGAACGAGGUGGUCUCCACCAUCCCCACCAUCGGCUUCAACGUGGAGACCGUCAGCCCCUGCAAGGGGGUCAACUUCACCGUGUGGGACGUGGGGGGUCAGGACAAGAUCAGACCCUUGUGGAGACAUUACUUCCAGAACUGCAGCGGUAUCUUGUACGUGGUAGACACCAACGACAGGGAGAGGUUUGUCGAGUCACGUGAAGAACUGAAGAACGUCAUCGACAGCGACGAGAUGAGAUCCGUCCCUGUGGUCGUCCUGGCUAACAAGCAAGACUUGCCAGGAGAGAUGGCGACCUCCCAGAAGUUGACAGAACACUUCCUGACAUGCACCAUAUGUACAGAGGUGUUUGACAAGCCCUGUACACUUGUGUGUAAUCACACCUUCUGUCGGAAAUGUGUCGUCAACUACACCAAAACCAGACGGGAAGCCCUCAGUGCCAAGUCUCUCCCGUGUCCAUUCUGCAGCAAGAUGACGAAAGUUUCUAACCCCGAGAGACCAGUGGAGGAGUGGGCGGAUGACGUCAAGCCGAGCUUUGUCAUCCAGGGACUGUUGGACUCGUUUGGCCCCGGAUCUAAAGAUACAACUAACUGCAGUUAUUGUAAGGAGGAAGGGGAGACAACUGCAGCUACAUCUUGGUGUUCUGUUUGUGACGACGCACUAUGUGAACAAUGUACAAGGAUGCACAAACGAAUUCCCUCUUUCCGUCACCAUGACGUAGUUGACCUGUCUGGUGAGACAAAGGUCAAGGUCAAGAGAAAGGUCAUGUGUAAAGUUCACAAGGACGAGAAUAUCAAAUAUCUUUGCAAAGACUGUAAAACAGCUGUUUGUCAAACAUGCUGCACUAUCCAUCACAGGAAAUGUGACAUGGUUGUUGAAAUUGAGUCAGAGAUUCCUGCAAUGAAAACCGAGCUGAAAAGGAAUAAAGAGAAUUUAUUAAAGAAACACGAUGAGAUAAAAACAUAUGUUGGAAAACAAAACUCCAUUGUCAAAGAAGAAUUGGCACUAUAUAUACAAAUAGAAUCAAGCAUCAAGUCUGCAAGUCUCACAGCAAUACAGAUGAUCAAAGCCAAGGAACGGAAACUUCUGUCUGAACUGAAAGAGAUGUCUGACAGACACAUUGGACAACUGAAGGCAAACAUAAAGUCAGGUGAAAUGUCAGUACAGAUGUACCAACAACAGACUGAGCUGAUAGACCAGGCUCUACAAUCUGAGUGUGACAUGGAUGUGUAUGAGAUGUAUCAGGGAUGUGAGGCCGGUGAUGUGGAAACUGUCGGAGUCGUAGACGUGAAGGAGAAGGGAAGAAUAGACAGGAUAACAUUCAGACAGGACACGGACAAGCUGAGUAGAGCACUGGAAGAUCUCCAUCUGGGUGAGAUACACGUCCAGUAUGACGAUGUGCUGGACCUGAAGGCUGCUCCUGUGUUACAGGACACCAUUGAUGUGACUGUAGCAGGAGAUGCAGGUAGAGGAGACCCCUAUGACGUAACCAUGCUAGUGGUGAAUGGUACAGACACAGUGGUAGUUACAGACUACAACAACGACAGUGUAAAGUCCUUCUACACCAGGAACAGUCAACCAGGUCACAGCAAGCUCAGUCUGGACGGUAGACCAUGUGGUAUAACAAGGCUGAAACACAACCAGGUGGCUGUCACUUUGCCGUAUACCAGUCAGAUUGUAACAGUUGAAGUGAACCCUGAC